UAUCAUGUUACCCUCGAAGUUCCAGCUUGUCUUUUCCCAUUCGGGUUCCGCUUGACCACCUGGCGCGCGAUGUCACUCAACGGUUUCAGCGUGUUUUUGAUCUAUCUGUACUUCUUCAGGAAUAUUUUUUGAGCUAUUGGUUCUUAGUUGGUUCGUUGCCUGACAAAGUUCUUUGUUUAACCUACUGAAGUGUGCUUCUAUUUCACCGUUUAUUUACGCGUUCCGUUUUUAUCAAAUUUUUCCAUUGUUUGGUUUUUAUACGAUAAUAUUGAUCACGUUAACAAUGCAAUUUAUUUCUUCUCAUCUUAAGCAUUUAGUUGGUUUUCUGCCAGUGAAUAUGGCAUUGCGAUUGCCAAUAUGGGAUUUCAUUUAACCGCUGCAUACGACUUUCAAGACGUGGUUUUAACAACAAAAACUCCCAAACUGUGCAAUGAAUAGACAUUUGACUACCUUUUCAGGGGAACAGUUGUUGUCUUUCUUAACACUACUAACCGGAUAGAGAGAGUCUUAAUGAAUUCAACUGCCUGUUUUGAUUGUAUUUUGCCACUUUAACCUCAGAUAUAUAUGUACGUGUGUGUAUGCACAUGGUGUACAAAUAUGCCUGAAUGUACACAUCACUCUUGUUUUCAAAGUGUUUUCUGCUUCUUUUUUUGAUACUCGUUGCAUUCUUUGUUUGUUUAUUUAAUUGUGCUAAUAUUGUGAUUUUUACAUUAGUGAUGUAUUUCUUUUUCAUUUCGUGUUUUCUUUUUGUUUGUUUUCAAAAAAUUGCUGUGAAAUUAUUUAGUGUUUUUGGGCAAAUUUCUUUUAUAAGAGAUUAUUUUUGAAUUAGUCUUUUGAGUAGUAACUACAACAUUUUGUACUACUAGGCCGAAAGUGUAUUUACUAAUGUGUGUAUAUGUAUGUGUGCGUGAAAAAUCUGCAAAUAAAAUACAUGAUAGUACUUCUUCGCUUUGCUGCUUACUUUGAUUUGUAUAUCACGUGAUUCUCAGUUGGGCACAUUUUUUCUCUUUCUCCCUCUUUCUCUCUCUCAUAGACUAGAUGGUCAAUUUGCCUCGAAGACACGAAGAAAAACUUGCAAUAGAAAAAUGCUUGCGUUCAUUCAUAAUUAAGUCAAUACACGCUAUUGUACAAGCCCGUAAUGGCAUUGUCUGCAAUACGAAUUGCAUGUCUGAAGUUGGUGCGAGGAAUAAUAUGAUGGUGUAUGUAGAAGAAGAUCCUGAGAUUGGAGCAACAAUAAAACAAACAAUGGAUGCUAAUUUCCCUGUGCAUGUACAAGAUUUACUCAGUUUAGAAAUAAUAGCCCAUUGGCCUAGAGAACCACAAAUGCUAAUGGUUGUAGAAGUUUGGCAAUUUCGAUUAGAUAUAAUCGAAAGACUUGAAAGUUGUAAUAAUAAUAAUAAUAGUACUACAAUACAAAAUGCAACAACAACAACAACAAAUUUAAAUGCAGCUGUUAACAGCAACACUACAGGAACAGAGAAUUGUGCCGAUGGUUCACAGUCAACUGAAUAUGCUGUGGAUGAUUUUAGGCAUCUACGUUUAUUUGAGAAAUUGGGUACAUUGUUAAAAUCAAUUAUGGUUGUUACUCGCCUGCUGCCUGGCUAUCGACUGUCACGUACCCAGGAUCCUGCAGAUUAUCAAAUGUGCUAUACACUUCGUCGUGGUCCUAGUGAUCUAUCCAGACUGGGAGCUUCACCGAAAUCCUAUAAUGUUGGUCGUGUAUUCUCUGGUUUAGCAGUACCGCAAUCACCUGGAGAAAAAGGUUCACCCAUUACUACUGCUACUGCUACUACGGUUACGGAUAAAACAACUAAAGUUGGCUCUGAUAGUGGUGGUGGUGGUGGUGUUGGUGGUCUGACUAUCGCAGAUGGCUUAAUUCCGGUUUACUUGGGUACAACUGUACAUUAUCGUACUCAAAUUCACUAUGGACCUACAAAUAAACUGAUACCUGUUGUUGACGGUGUAACCAAGGCUAAUUUAUCUGGUAAAAAUGGAAUAAAUGAGAUAUUUGAUGCCAACAGUCUUCGGAGUGUCGAUUUUCACUCUCUCCACAACAAUCAAAAGUCACAGAAACAUGUUCGUGUUGCUGAAAAACCUACUCAAGCUGUUGACUUCAUUAAAUUCGAACAGUCCAAAUUACCAUGUCGGGUAAAGCCAGCUUUCGCAUAUGAGCAAUAUGAGACUGAACCUGACGAAUACUUUGAUCCAGCCAGUCAGUUGUUAAGCAAGAAGUCAGCUGAACGAGUAGCUCGACGAUUUCAGCACUCUGGAAUUCUUGAAACACAAGAAGAACAUGCAGAUUCAUCAUCACAUGAUGAAGAUGAUUGUGAAGAAGAAGGCUUUGAUCCUUAUUCUUCUUCUGCUGUCAAUAUUGACUCAUCGUCUAAUGCUGCUAUCCAUGAUGGAGAAGUGAAUCAUCCAGGUGAAACGAUGAAUAAUAGUAAUCCACGUAAUUCUCUGAAUGAAAUUGAUUUAUUAGAAUUAAUGAGAAAUUUACGCUCACAGUGUACUAGUUCACCACAGGAAAAAGAUUCCGCCAGUGAAGAUGAAGACAUACUGAGUAAACAAGUCCCACUCCAGUUGCCAUUUAGUACAUUCGGUGUUAGUGGAGCUCGAUUAACGCAUCUUUUCGCUGAGUUACGUGAACGAGCUAAUCUCGACCUGUUUCAAGUUCCACAGAUAAAUAGCAGCAGUAACAACAACAACAGCAGCAGCAGUUUGAAUCCUGUUUCUGGAGUUAAUAAUAUAACUGGUAGUGCUGGUGGGGGUUGUAGCAAUACAGCUCAAUCGUCGUCUUUAUUCGAUGCAGAUGCUCUAGCUGAUGAAUUAGAAAGGCAUGAAAGAAUGCUAAAAGAAUUUGAUGAUUUCCUGUCAGAUUUUCAAAAUAUUGAACCAUUUGGAAUUGUACGUCCACCUGUCCCAUCUGAAGUUGUCAGACAACAACAUGGGCUUGGCAGUGGUGGCGGCGGUGGUUGUGGUGGUGGUAAUAUUCCCGGUAAUAAUGCCACCCUAGUGACAACACGAACACCUCAUCCUGUUAACGAGGGUUAAUUUU